AUGCGUGCAUUCGUUAUCAAGAAGCUCAGCCAUCCGUCAAAUAUAUCCCUUUCUAUUGACGUCCCAGAGCCUCAACCAGACCAGCGUCAGGUUAUCGUAGAUGUCUACAGCGCAGGGCUGAACUUCUUCGACAUUCUGCAAGCCCAGGGGAAAUACCAAAACAAACCUGCACUCCCUUUUACUCUCGGGUCAGAGUUUGCGGGGCGGAUUGCCAAAAACUCGCCGAUACCUAAGGGCUGCCCGUACAAAGCGGGAGACCGGGUUUUCGGUGCUUCCCAAGGAGCAUUCGCAGACAAAGUUUCUGUUGAUUGGGAGCGUCUGAUUACCCUCCCGGACAAUGUUUCAUUUGAUCAAGGUGCAGGCUUAUUUAUCACCUGGCCCACCAGCUACGAGGCCUUAGUCGGCAGGGCUGAACUAAAGCCAGGUGAAUGGGUCCUUGUGACUGCUGCAGCAGGAGGGGUUGGUAUCGCCGCCGUCCAAAUCGCGAAAGCCCUCGGAGCCAAAGUAAUUGCCGCUGCAGGGUCGGAGGCAAAACUAGAUGUUGCAAAACGCAUCGGCGGAGCUGACUACGGCGUCGACUAUUCCAAACCUGCGUGGUACAAAGAAGUGUUGGAAAUAACAGGGGGAAAAGGUGUCGAUGUUAUAUAUGACCCCGUUGGCUUGAUCAACGAUUCCCUCAAGUGCAUAGCCUGGAAAGGGCGAGCACUCGUUGUCGGUUUUGCAGCUGGAACCAUCGAAAAGGUUCCAAUGAAUCUUGUUCUCUUGAAAAACGUGUCACUAGUGGGUGUACACUGGGGUGCAUAUACCAUCAAGGAAUCGGGUCGCAUCCCGGUUGUGUGGAAGGAAUUACUAGACCUAUUUGCGUCUAACAGAGUCAAACCCGUCACGUUUACCAAAGUUUACGCCUUGGACGAAGUCACAAACGGCCUCGCCGCUCUGGAACGUCGAGAGACAUGGGGAAAGGCGGUCGUGAGGGUGAAUCAGGAAAACCCGGCUGAACGGGCAAAGCUGUAGUAAUCGCUGCUGCGGCAUUUAUUUGGAAUCAAAUUUAGAGACAGAAGGACGGUCGUAUAGCAGGGAUUCCACGGUGCCGUCAGAAAAGCGAAGGCACAUGUCCCAUACUAAUAAGCUAGCAUCCGUUGUAGUGGCCAGAAUCUAUUCUCGAAUUAUAUCCAACGAUUCGGAAUCCCAAA